AUGGGGUCCACGGUGCUGCCGUACAUGGAGACGAAGCCGAAGCUGAUCUUCUUCACCGACUUCGAUGGGACAAUCACGGUCGACGACAGCAAUGACUUCAUGAUCGAUAAUCUUGGUUUCGGCGGCGACCGACGCCGCCAGUUGAACGAGAAGGUUCUUGACGAGACUCUGGGCUUUCGGGAUGCCUUCCGUGAAAUGCUCGGCAGCAUCAAGACCCCGUACAACGAGUGUAUCGAGAAGCUGCUGCAGAACAUGAAGCUGGACCCGUACUUCGAGGAGUUCUACUACUGGGCCCGGGACAACAACGUGCCCAUCGUCAUCCUGUCGUCCGGCAUGCGACCGAUCAUUAGCGCCCUGCUCGAGAAGUUCCUGGGCCACAAGCCGGGCAACCAUCUUCACAUUGUCUCCAACGACGUGAUUAGCCGAGACGGCAAGAACAUCAACAGUGAAAGUGGAUGGCAGAUCAUCUAUCACGAUGACAGUCACUUCGGCCACGACAAGUCCCUGGAGAUUAAGCCCUAUGCGAACCUGCCCGAGAGCGAGCGUCCGAUCAUGCUGUAUGCCGGCGACGGUGUCUCGGAUCUGUCGGCUGCCGCGGAAACCGACCUCUUGUUUGCCAAGAAGGGCAAAGAUCUGGUGACCUUCUGUGAGCGCCGAGGCAUGCCCUUCAACACCUUUGAGAACUGGUCCACCAUCCUGUCCACCACCCAAGACAUCCUCAGCGGCAAGGUGUCGGUCCAAGAGGCGGCCAAGGCUUAG